UCGAGAUUUUCUAGUCACAUGAUUUUAAAAUGGCGCGAGCCACAAAAUUAUUCCCCGAAUAAGUUAAUUUUGAAUAUACUAGCUCCGGAGAUGGGUGUGCAAGACUUGUCACGCCAAAAUCAUUGUGGGUUUGACCUGUUGCGCUGCUAUGUGAGCCACACUAUCGGGCCGAGUUACAACAUGACUUUAACAGAAGGUGCUCUGUACUGCAGCUACAGAAAUGUCAUGCAACAGACACUUAUCAGAGAGAAUUCCAUCCGCACCUUGGGUUUAUGUUGUGUACAUUCUGGUAAAAGAGGGUACCCGCCUAAAGAAGGCGCUCAUAUUGCAACACCACACCGGAUAGGCAUUUCCAGUGACGUCAGCCGUGCUGGAAAAUCCCAUCUGGCAUCCCCCCAUGCCAGAUGAGUCAAGCGCUGUGACGCAGCGGAUCUUGCCUUCUGUUUCAUCUGCAGAACAACCAUGCUGGCUUGCAAGGCUGGGAACAUCAAGGCCGAGGGUGGCUUUAUCACUGUGGGAUUUAACUACUGGCGGGACGGACCAAAGAAGUUGCUAAUCAACAAGAACUCUUAAUGCCACUAGGAAGUAAUGGAAAGACACAUGAAACUACCCUGACAGACCUAGGACAUUGGAAAUGUAUUGAAGGAAGAUCCUUGGGUGGACAUUUGCAAGGCCCUGCUUUCCACAAAGAACAAAGCUGCCAAGAUAAACUUGGCUCUUCGGAUGUGUGCAACUAAAAAUCUUCCAAUGAUGAUGUGUUGUCAGUUGAAGCUUCUGUUUAGAUGUCAUCAAUGGGAAGGUUGAUGGUUUUACCAGAAAGGACAUGGUUUUGACAAACUGCCAACGAGAGCUUCAAAGGGAAAACCUCCCUAUGUGUACAAGUGUUGAUGGUGUUUAUCAAGACGGUGCACUGCUAGAUUGCCAUCUGUGUGGGCCACAAUGCUCAGCAGAAGCAGCCCCUCCUACUGGGUGGAUACCCGUCGGGAAUCUACAGCACUUACACCAUCUCCUGCAGGACAAUGACGACGAUGAUGAACUCUGAUCUUACGAUCUGUUGUUAAUAAUCUAUAAGGCUAUUCAGAAUUCAUGAUUGUUUUUUCAUACAUGUAGUAUUUUUUGCAAGAAAAAAAGUUAUGUGUUGUCAAAGCCUUGUUGUUGUUGGCCUCUAUUUCAGGCCAAAGUUUUAUGUUACCUGUUCUAGUCUUAACUCAAAAUGAACAAGACAUUAACAUGAAGCAAGGCCCACAAAUCUGGCUAUGAUAACUGUUGAGUUAUGCCCCUUGUUUGUCUGAAAAUUAACAACAGACAAACAUUGGCAUUUGCCCGGCGUCACUGCUUUUUGUUGAAAUUGUUCUUAUAAAUUAUUUGGUUUAUUGAUUUUUGUUAUAAUUUUAUUGCUUUGAUGUUCCUGUACAAGGUUGAACAUGUGUCUAGAUUACUAUGGUUUCCUCUUUUUGAGAUUGAAUCUCCUAAUUUGGUGUGUUAUAGUCAUAUAAUACCAUUUUAAGAUAGAAAAUAUUGUCCUUUCCGAUAACUCGAUUAUCUUUCCCUGAAUACUCUUCAAGUGGGCAUGCGCAAAAAGCGGAAAUUUACUUCCGGGGACUACACAAACCAGGAAGUAAACAGCAACAAGUGAAAAUGGAAAGUAAAGAUUCAAAACUAAUAAAGAAAACGGGCAGGAAAACCCCUAAGUACUGUUGUAUUUGUAAAGGAAUUUACAGAGGAAAGGUUAUUGAUGGGAGAAAAGUGUCAUUGCACCGUUUUCCUCAGAACAAACGUUUAAAACGUGUGUGGGUGCAGCGAUGUAAAACGGUCAUGAGAUCGUUCCAGUGGAAUGAACACAGACGAUUGUGUAGUGAGCAUUUUGUUGGCUUCAGAGGACCUUCAUUCCAGCAUACACUUCCAUCUAUGUUUCCAACUGAGACUGGUGCUACCAAAACCUUCCAGCCAACGCUCCUUGAUGAAGACGUAGGUGAUGAUGAUGAUGGUGAUACGGUCAAUGACGAUUUAGACCUAGAACUGUCAAAUGAUGAUAGUAUACAGCCACAACUGUCAUUUGUAUCCCCUUCCGGGCAUGCCAUUGAUACCUCUGUCCACCUGCAUGAUUACUGCAUGGGACCAGUACUACAGCCACAGAAUCAGUCCUUUAGAUGUUGUGACACACAGACUGAGAACAACUGUGCAGUGAUGGAAGUACAAACUGAAGAAAGUUUCCUGGGAAAAACAGCAGACUUCAGUUCACAAACAGAACAUUCUACUAGAGACUUUGGUGUACAAUGUCAGCUACCUAUGCUCACAUAUGAUGACGUAAAAUACAAUGACGAUUUGGUCAGUUUUUACACCGGAAUCCCUAAUCGAGUUGUGUUUGAAGCUUUGUUUGAUGAAAUCAAGGAUGAAGCUGAAGUGCGGACAUCAAGGCGGAAACUUAACUAUAAAGAUUCAGAUGGAGGACGGCCAAGAACUCUAAGUGUUCUGGAUGAAUUUUUCAUGGUGCUGAUGCGCCUACGUCUAGGUCUGUUAUUUGAAGAUCUAGGUACUAGGUUUUGCAUAUCCACUUCACAAUGUAGUGACAUUGUUGAAAGAUGGAUCAACUAUUUACAUGUACAAUUAUCCUUUCUUGUUCAAUGGCCAUCUCGUGAGGUAGUGAAAAAUAACAUGCCUGAACAAUUUAAAGAGAAAUAUUCUAACACUAGAAUUAUUAUCGACUGCACUGAAAUUUACAGUGAAACAUCCAGUUCUCUUUCUUUGAAAAGUUUAAUGUACAGUGAUUACAAGUCUCACAUGACUCAUAAGAUUUUGGUGGGUAUAAGCCCAAAUGGUGUUGUAACUUUUGUUUCUGACUGUUGGGUGGGCUGUACCAGUGACAAGAAACUCACAGAAAAAUGUGGACUCUUGGACUUGCUUGAAGAAGGAGACGCCAUAAUGGUUGAUAAGGGUUUCACUAUUACAGACCUUACUACUCCAAGAGGCAUUCAUCUCAUUAUUCCACCAUUUAAACAGAAAGGAAAACAAUUCUCUAAACGUGAGGUUCUCCUUACAAAAGAUAUUGCAAGUUUACGAAUACAUGUUGAAAGGCAAAUGGAGAGAAUCAAGAACUUUCGAAUAUUGCAUGGCAAUAUUCCUAUAACACAGUCAAGGAGAAUUUCUAAAGUGUUCAAAAUAUGCACAUAUUUGACAAAUCUAUGGCCACCACUUGUUCAAUAAUAACUCAUGUGUCAAUGAAAGCGUUUGUAUAUAUCAAGCAUUAGAUUUAGGGAUAAAAACUUGUAUACUUCUAACUAGAACAAUGAAAUUACAAUUUUGUUUUAAAAUCAUUUUUUCGAGCAAGUUAUAUGAUAACAUAUGAGAUUACACAUUUGAUUCAGGUUUGACAAAAAUGGAUAAGGAAAUAUGCUCAUGUGAAUGGAUUUCAAGAUUUGAUUUGAAACAUGUAUGCAUUAACUGAUCAAUUUAUUGAUAUAAUUUUUUGUUUGUGAAACAUCUGCUUUGUAUUUUGUGGUUUUAUUAUUUGUAACAUUUCUAAGA